AAUGUGUGUUAUAUCUCGCGUAGUGUGUGCUGUCCACCGGCAACCAUAUACACACGAUCGCCUCGGAGAUACAACGCUUAGAACUCGGGAGAAGACCACCUCCACGCUGGAAGCUAGCAUUCGGUUCAAGUGCGGGCUUUUUGUUUAGUACUGAUUUAGUUGCGGCUGGGUGCAGACUGGAGUGGUAGUCAUUCAGGGUGCGUACGCCCAGUUACACAGUUGGCAGUGAUCGGCGGUGUGACCUUCGUUCCGUUCCCGUUCAGAAUAAAUCGCGUUCCCCGUGAGAUGGCAGAUCAGUGCAAUUCUACCCCCAUCGGAAACACCAAUGGGCCAAAUGGCGAAUCGGUGCCAAAUGGCGAGGACGACCAAGUUCCAGAGCUACCACAGUAUCUGCACGCAGCGCUAAACCAGCUAGCCCCGAGGGAAGGUUUUACCGAGGGUAACUUUACGAUCGCGUUUGAUUUUGGAUCCAGCAAGGGCGAUGGGUUCGUGGGGCAGAUGUUCAAGGCCACCAUCAGCGAGGGGGACAGAGCCGAAGUGUACUUGUGCAAGAUACCGCCACUCGAUGACGAUCGGCGUGAGCAGUUUUACUCGAUGACAGCAUUCGCUCGGGAGGUGCUGGCGUACGAUCGCUUCCUACCGACGAUCUACGCGUACCAGCGGCAGAAGGGAAUUCAAUCUCCGGAGGAUGGUUUCUUCCAAACGCCACGCUGCUACUACGCGCACUGCGACGAGGUGGCCCAAGAAUCGGUCAUCAUUAUGGAAGAUCUGCGACUGCGUGACUUUCGGCUGUGGAACAAGCAUAAGAUAAUCGAUUACGAUCAUGCCGCGCUGUUCAUGUCACACCUGGGCCGAUUGCAUGCCAUCUCGCUGGCGAUGAAGCGCGAUCAGCCGGAGCAGUUCGAGCAGUUCAAGCUAUCGAACCCGUUCGAUCCGAUGCUGAAGGCGGAUGGUCCGUUCCGAAACAUGAUCCUCUCGCAGCUGCAAAUGGUUAUCGAUGCGCUGGACGAACAGGAUACGGUCGAGCGGGCGAAGAUGGACCAGCUCAAGGAGGAAGUGUUCGAUGAGCUGUUACGCUGUGGCACGGCGGCACUAGCGGAACCGUACGCGGUGGUUGGGCAUGGCGACUGCUGGACGAACAACAUGAUGUUCCGAUACGAGGAAGAAAAAGUUCGAGAAAUUAUCUUUUUCGACUGGCAAGUGAUGCGAUACGUCACUCCGGUGCAGGACAUUGUGUACUUCAUCUUCUGCUGCACGGAUGAGGAAUUCCGGCGAAAGUAUUACCACGAGAUGAUUGAUAUCUACUACCGAUCGCUGUCGACGAUGUUGGCAAAGUUGCAGCAUGACGUUGGGGAGGUUUUUCCCCGGUCGGCUUUCGACGAGCAGCUGCGCGUGUUUGGCCGGUACGGUAUACUGAUGGGCAUGUUCUUGGUGCCGAUGAUGUGCACCCGAAGCGAGGAGCUGCCCGACAUUGAAGCGUUGGCACACAAGAUGGCCGAAUCGCAGCAGUUGAAUGAGAGCUUCUUCAAAACGACCGAAUCGAAUCAGCAAGCGUACGAAACGCGUAUCAGGGCCGUCGUGAAGGAUUGCAUACGGUUUGGAUAUUUCUGAGUGCAGCGAUAGACCUUAGCUGCAAGCGAUAUGAGAUAAUAAACGUUCGAAUAAAAUUUCAA